CCCUGCCUAGUAGUGGGCAAUACUUUCUCUUUUGGGAACACCUUCAAAAUAUCCGCUUUUCUUUAAUUUUUUUUUUUUCCUCUCAAAGUCUACAUUCAAAGAGAUCACAAGGAAAUAGUGAGGGAGAGUUGAACAAAAACGGGAUGAAAUUCUCAGCGAUAUUCUGCUUGCUGAAUUUCUUGAUUUUGUUCGCUAUAAUAAGUUCGAGUAAUGUCACUGCGCAACAAGAAUCAACAAACAAGUUCAGGGAAAGACAAGCCACUGAUGAUUCAGCCGGUUACCCAAACCUGGAUGAAGAUGAGUUAUUGAAUACACAAUACCCCCGGAAUUUGGAAUUGCGCUGGCAAGCAGAAGUGAGUUCUAGUAUAUAUGCAGCUCCAUUGAUUGCAGAUAUAAACAGUGAUGGGAAGUUAGAUAUUGUGGUUCCUUCAUUUGUUCAUUACCUAGAAGUGUUAGAAGGAUCUGAUGGGGAUAAAAUGCCAGGGUGGCCUGCUUACCAUCAGUCAACUGUUCAUGCCAGCCCUCUUCUUUAUGAUAUUGAUAAAGAUGGGAUUAGAGAAAUAGCCUUAGCUACAUACAAUGGUGAAGUGCUCUUUUUCAGAGCUUCAGGCUACCUGAUGUCGGAUAAAUUGAUUGUACCUCGCAGAAGAGUUCCUAAAAAUUGGUAUGAGGGAUUAAAUCCAGAUCCCGUUGAUCGCUCCCAUCCUGAUGUUGAUGAUCAGCAGCUUAUCCAGGAGGCUGCUGAAAUGAACUUAGUGUCGCAACCAAACAAAACCAAGAUGGGAUCUAAUGUAUCUGAUAUUUCAUCAACUGGUGGGCGUCCUGUAAUGAUUAAUGAAUCUAUGCCUCAUAGAGAUGGGAAAAAUGAUAAUGAAGGAAAUUCAGAUGUUGAUGUUCCAAAGACCAUCAAUGUAUCCCUUGAUUCUGGAUCAAGUUUGGAUGUAUUGAAUACAUCAUCUUUGAAUGAGGGCAAGUUGAAUGAGAGCCAAGAAACAAUAAAGCAUUUGAACACAGUGAAUGAUUCUUCUGAAAAUGCAGGGUCAAAUGGUACUGCACUUUUGGAAAAUGGAGCAAUCAGUUCUUUGUCACCUAAUGAGUUGGGGGAUAAUAUAAAGACAGAGAACAGGCAAAACUCUAGGAGACGACUGCUGGAAGAUACUGCUUUUAAAGGAGCAGAUGGCGGCAGUGAAAAUGUUCAAACUGCAACAGUGGAGAAUGACGAUGCCCUAGAAGCAGAAGCAGAUUCCUCUUUUGAAUUAUUUCGUGGUAGUGAUGAACUGGCAGAUGAAUAUAGCUAUGACUAUGAUGAUUAUGUGGAUGAUAACAUGUGGGGGGAUGAAGAUUGGAUUGAAUCACAACAUGAGACCGUGGAAGACUAUGUCGAUAUUGACUCUCAUAUUCUCUCUACUCCAGUCAUUGCUGAUAUUGAUAAUGACGGGAUAUUAGAAAUGGUGGUGGCUGUGUCGUAUUUCUUUGAUCGUGAUUAUUAUGACAAACCGGAUAAUGCAAAAGAUUUGGGUGGUAUCGAUAUUGGAAAAUAUGUGGCUGGGGGCAUCGUUGUCUUCAACCUUGACACAAAACAAGUUAAGUGGACUGCAAAUUUGGAUCUGAGCACAGAUUCAACUAAAUUCCGUGCUUACAUAUAUUCUUCACCUACUGUGGUCGAUCUGGAUAAUGAUGGGAAUCUAGACAUCCUCAUUGGAACAUCCUUUGGAUUAUUCUAUGUGCUUGACCAUCAAGGUAAGGUAAGAGACAAUUUCCCUCUUGAAAUGGCCGAAAUUCAAGGAGCUGUGGUGGCAGGAGAUAUUAAUGACGAUGGAAAAAUCGAAUUAGUGACUUCUGAUGUACAUGGAAAUGUUGCUGCUUGGAAUGCUCAAGGAAAGGAAGUAUGGGAAACACAUGUCAAAAGUCUAAUACCUCAGGGUCCUGUUAUCGGUGAUGUGGAUGGGGAUGGCCAUACAGAUAUUGUGGUUCCGACUAUAUCUGGAAAUAUAUAUGUACUUAGUGGCAAAGAUGGGAAACAUGUUCGUCCAUAUCCUUAUAGAGCAAAUGGAAGAAUUAUGAAUCAGGUUCUUCUUGUUGAUAUGAGCAAACGGGGAGAGAAAAAGAAGGGACUCACCAUUGUCACAACUUCAUUUGACGGUUAUUUAUAUCUCAUUGAUGGACCAACAUCUUGUGCAGAUGUUGUUGAUAUUGGCGAAACUUCGUACAGCAUGGUUUUGGCUGAUAAUGUUGAUGGUGGUGAUGAUCUUGAUCUUAUUGUAACAACUAUGAAUGGAAAUGUAUUUUGCUUCUCUACUCCAUCUCCGCAUCAUGUGCUGAAGUCAUGGAGAUCAGCUUACCAAGGAAGGAACAAUGUUGCUAGUCGAUUCAACCGGGAGGGGAUUUAUGUCUUGCCUUCACAUAGAAAUUUCCGCGAUGAAGAAGGGAAGAACUUUUGGGUCGAGUUUGAAAUUGUUGAUGCUUAUAGACAUCCAUCUGGUACACAAGCACCAUAUAAUGUAACGGUUACCUUACUUGUUCCUGGUAAUUUUCAAGGAGAGAGGAGCAUAAAACAAAAUCAGAUGUAUGAUAAGCCAGGAAAAUAUCGUAUGAAGUUGCCAACAGUCAGUGUAAGGACGACCGGUACAGUAAUUAUUGAAAUGGUGGACUCCCAUGGUCUCUAUUUUUCGGAUGAAUUCACGCUUACAUUUCACAUGUAUUACUACAAACUAUUGAAGUGGCUUGUGAUCCUCCCUAUGCUUGGAAUGUUUGUUGUUCUUGUGAUCCUUCGACCACAAGAAGCAGUGCCAUUGCCCUCAUUUUCAAGGAAUACCAACUUGUAAGAGCAGCAUUGAAGCUAUUGCGACAAAUUAUACAUCGAAUUCGAAAGCCUAUACAAAAACUGUGGUUUGAUAACUGUUGGUCAUUUCCUGGCAGAGUUUGCCAUUAAAGUAGGUUUUUGGGUCUCCUGGCUUUGGAAAUAAGUGAUACAUCUUUAACCUUUUCACAAAGGUCUCAUAGUUGAGUUUUGAAAUCUGUAAAGUGCCAUCUUAACGAAGAGAAAAAAAAAAGCAUAUUGUCCCUUUGGGGCUAGUGACUUGGCUUCAAAUUGUUUACUGGCUUUGGAUGCAUCAUUAUUCGUUUCUGAUAAGGUUUUAAGACUCAACUUUCAAA